AUAAGACAUAGACACCAUCAACCAACAGGUUUGAAGACUUAAGCGAGCCUGAUUUCUUUUCACCCCAUCCCCCAUGAUCGCCACACAACAGUAAAAAUACGUUCUACGACCUUUGGACUUCUCAAUCCAGCCCCCCCGACAGAGAUGGACGCUCAUGAUUUGGAAAAAGUUGCUGUUACACCAUCCUCAACACCAGUUGAGUCAUCGUCAUUCGAUGAAGCCUUGAAGCCCAAAAGCGCCAUUUGGCGCAAGAUUCUUGGAUGGGGCGUUGAGGAAAACGGUAUCAUUCCGGUACCCGUAGAGAAGAGGACAGAUAAAAGAGUCUUCAAUUUGUUUACAAUCUGGUUCACGGCAUUGCUAUGUCUUCUGCCAAUCCCGACAGGAAUGCUUGGAACACUCGCCUAUGGCCUGAGUCUUCGUGAUUCUUCGCUCGUUAUCAUCUUUUUCACGCUGCUCACUACCAUCGUGCCGGCGUAUAUGGGAACCCUCGGACCCAAGACUGGAAUGCGACAAAUGAUCCAAGCUCGCUACGCUUUUGGUUUCUUUGGCGUUAGUAUCAUCUUGCUUCUCAACGCUGCAACCAUAACUGGGUUCACUGUUAUCGCCGCUAUCGUAGGUGGCCAGACCUUGGCCGCUGUAAGUGACAGCACCAUCAGCGUCAACGUUGGCAUCGUUAUAACCUGCAUUAUCGCACUCGUCGUUUCGUUUAGUGGCUAUAAAGUUCUUCACAUCUACGAACGCUACAGCUGGAUUCCGGUCUUUGUAGCAAUCCUCGUUCUUGUCGGGUGCGGAGGCAAGCACCUCACGCAUCAAACUGUGCCAGAGGCGCCUGCUACGGCGCAGUCAGUUCUCUCUUUUGCAUCUCUGAUUGCGGGUUUUAUGAUUCCCUUUGGUGGAACUGUGUCGGACUUCGGUAUCUAUAUCGAUCCUUCUGCGUCGAGAUUGAAAGUUUUCACCUAUAUCUACACUGGGAUGGCGAUCCCCUCUAUCCUCCUCCUCAUCCUGGGCGCUGCCAUCGGCGGAGCUAUCCCAAACGUUCCCGAAUGGGACGCCGCUAACCUAGCUAACUCGGUUGGCGGUGUCGUGACGGCUAUGCUGUCUCCCGCUGGCGGGUUCGGCAAGUUCGUCGCUGUCAUCCUGGCACUCUCCGUUAUCGGGAAUAUCGCUAUUAGCAUGUAUUCCAUUGCGCUGAACAUGCAGAUGUUCCUGCCGAUCUUGACACGUGCACCUCGCGCUGCUUUCUCGAUUAUCACCACUGCAGUCCUAAUCCCAGUGUCCAUCGAGGCAGCGCACAGUUUCUUCGCAUCGCUGGAGAAUUUUCUUGGCAUAAUUAGUUAUUGGUCCGCCUCUUAUGUCGCGAUUAUGAUUGUCGAGUUUGCGUUUAUCCGUAAAGGCGACUACAUGUCCUACGACCACACGAUUUGGAGAGACUGGAGAAUGCUGCCUACCGGAAUUGCAUCGCUGGGUGCGGGGAUCUGCUCAUUUGGAUUGAUUGUCCCGUGUAUGUCGCAGUUGUGGUAUGAGGGCCCGAUUGCAAAGUCGACAGGUGAUAUUGGAUUCGAGGUUGCAUUUUGUCUGACCGCUAUCUUGUAUGUUCCUUUCAGACUUUUAGAGAUCAGGAUUAGAGGCGGUCGUUUGUGAGGCAUAGUGAAGGGUACGGACGGUGGAAGAGGCAUUGCUUCUAUAGCGCACGACGUAUACUAUAGAAAUAUACUAAAACAUCAAAUGAAGAGC